AUGUUGGAGAGCGGAAGUCGUGCUCGAAGCGCAAGCAUGGAAACACAAAACGAAUUUAGGAUGUAUACUGACAACAUGAGCACAGAUAGGCCUGCUACAGGCACACUAUCCGAAAACGGCCUCAAACACUUCAAGACGUAUAAAUACUCCUCAGUGGACAAGUCGCCGAUAUCACACUAUGUCUUGCGGCACUAUUGGAACUUCUGCGUCGAAUUCCUCCCCCUCUGGCUCGCGCCAAACAUGGUAACCCUCAUCGGCUUCUUCUUCGUCAUCGGCAACGUAGCCCUCCAACAACUCAUGGACCCCUCCCUCAGCGGACCUCAAUAUGCCUGGGUUUCCUACUCCUACGCCUUCGGCGUCUGGGCUUACUCCACUAUGGAUAACAUCGACGGGAAGCAAGCACGACGGACUGGAACAUCCUCUGGCCUUGGGGAGCUCUUUGAUCACGGAAUUGAUUCGCUGAAUUGUACCCUUGCCAGUCUGCUGGAAACGAGUGCGAUGGGGCUGGGCGCGACGAAACUUGGAGCGCUGACGGCGCUGAUCCCGUGCUUACCGAUGUUCUUCUCGACGUGGGAGACGUAUCAUACGCAUACGCUGUAUUUGGGGUAUUUCAAUGGGCCUACUGAGGGGUUGCUUAUUGCUUCGUUGAUUAUGCUGGCUUCGGGAUUCUAUGGACCGCAGAUCUGGCAUGAGCCUAUGGCGAACGUGCUUGGGAAUGAAGCGAUGUUGGGGACGUUGAGUGUGAAAGAUAUAUGGGCUCCACUUUUGCUGGUCGCGUUCCUGGUCGCACACUUACCGUCCUGCGUCCUCAAUGUGGUGGCAGCGAGGCACGAGAAGAAUCUUCCCGUCGCACCGGUCUUUCUGGAAUGGACGCCUAUGCUUCUCUUCUGCGGAUCCCUUGUUGCGUGGAUCGGAUCGCCUUACUCCACUAUCUUGACAGAGAACCACAUAGCUCUGCUGUGUCUUACCUUAUCCUUCGUCUUCGGGCGGAUGACAACUAAGACGAUCCUGGCCCAUCUGACACGACAACCAUUCCCGUACUGGACCUCUCUACUCGCGCCGCUCGUGGGUGGCGCGGUCAUGGUCAAUCUGCCAUAUCUUGGAUUCCAGGCUGUGUCUCCAGUGGUACAGCUCUACUAUCUUUGGGGGUACUUCUUUUUCGCGAUGGUGGUUUACUUCCGUUGGGCCCAUGUGGUGUGCAAUGCUAUCUGUAGCUAUCUAGGCAUCAACUGCCUUACGAUUCCGGAUGAGAAGUGGAAGACGUUGCAAAGGGAGAGGGCGAAGAGUGCUUGA